AUGCGUGGACACGUCCUGCGAACAUUGGCCCGCACGCCCGCCGUGCGCGGCUUCAGCACGUCGUUGCCCCGUGGGGCCCUCUCGACGGCCACCGUCGACCCGGACUCCAAGGUCCUCCACCGCUCUCUCAAGCUCGGUCUGCCCAUGGCCGUGAGGGGCGAGGGUAACUAUAUCUACACGGCGGACGGGCGCAAGAUCCUCGACACGACGGGCGGUGCGGCCGUCGUGUCGUGCGGCCACGCCGUCCCCGAGAUUGUCGAAGCAGUCACCGAGCAGCUCAAGACUCUGCCCUAUGUGUCGAGCUUUUUGUUCGGCACCGAGCCGGCAGAAGAGCUUGCAACCAUGCUGUGCGAGGACAGUGGCAUGAGCAGGGUCGUGCUCUUCAACGGUGGCAGUGAGGCGGUCGAGAGUGCCAUCAAGCUCGCGCGCCAGUACCACGUCGAGAACGGCCAGCCGCAACGGACAAAGUUCAUCUCGCGCCGCGUCUCGUUCCACGGCAACACCAUCACAGACCUCGCCCUUGGCCGACACGACCGUCGCAGGGCCCUGUACCUUCCCCUCAUGCCCGACAACGUGUUCCAUUCCGUUUCACCCUGCAACACUUACCGCGGCAAGCUCGAGGGCGAGACGGACGCACAGUACGUCGACCGAUUGGCCGAUGAGCUCGACAAGAAGUUUAUCGAGCUCGGCCCGAGCACUGUCGCUGCCUUCUUCAUGGAGCCGGUCGUCGGCGCCACCUCGGGAUGCGUUCCCUUUGUGCCGGGCUACAUCACGGCCAUGAAGCGCGUGUGUGAAAAGUACGGCGCCCUGUUCGUGCUCGACGAGAUCAUGUGUGGCUUUGGCCGCACAGGCAAGCUGCACGCCUGGAGCUGGGAGGGUGACGCCGCGCGCCCCGACAUCCAGACGCUCGGCAAGGGCCUGUGUGGUGGUUACGCACCUCUCAGUGCUGUGCUCGCCAACGACAAGGUCGUCAACGUCCUCAGCAAGGGCACCGGGUCGUUUAUGAACGGCUACACCUUCCAGAGCUCGGGUAUUGGUGCUGCUGCUGGCUUGGCCGUGUACAAGUACUACAAGAAGCACGACCUUGUCGCCAAGUGCGCCGAACGCGGCAAGCAGAUGGAGGAGGCAUUGCGCAAGCAGCUCGAGAACCACCCUCACGUGGGCAACAUCCGCGGCAUGGGACUCUUCUACGGCAUCGAGCUGGUCGCCGACAAGAAGACCAAGCAGCCGUUCCCCAGCAGCAAGGGCAUCUCGCAGAAGAUCACCGACGCGGCCUACGAGCGCGGCAUCGCCCUGUACCCUGGUGUCGGGUGUGCUGACGGCUGGGAGGGCGACCACGUCAUGAUCUUCCCUCCCUUCACCAUCACCGCCGACGAGGUCCAGUUCUCGGUCGACGCGCUCCAGGGCGCCAUUGAGGACGUGCUGGGCAAGCAGUAG